ACACACACACACACACUCGCAUCCCUCUCUCCCUCUCUGUCUGCCUCCACACCUCUCCUUCUUUUUCUCCCUCUCUCUUUUUUUUGACCCUCUCCAUCCUUGCUCUUGUUUGCGUGUCUGCUCAAGUCGAAAUGUUUUAAAAGAGAAAAAUCAGACCCUUCUGCACCCACUCAGGACCCGCUCUCUUUUCCAUCUUCUCCUCCAUUCCUUUCCAUCUCUCUCUCUCUCUCUCUCUCUCUCUCUCUCUCUCUCUCUCUCCUCCUACCUGACAAGAACCACCGCUCGGACACUUAAGAAGAAGAAGAGGAGGAAGAAGAAGAAGUUCGGAGCACGUGACAAAGAGCCGGAACUCCCGUUUAUUUAUUAAUUAUUUACGCUCUUAUUUAUUUAUUUAUUUAUCAAGCAAUCAAUCACACUAUUUAUUUACAAACCUAUUUAUAAGUCAACUCCAAGGAUCUACACAAACAUGAAAUUGCUGCUUGACUCCUCCUCCUCGCUGCUCCUCUCCGUCCUAUUGGCUCAGCUGCCGCUGUUUACCUCGGCGCUGCCCGCCCACGCGCGACGUCCCCACGCCGACUUCGACAAACUGACCAACCAGACGAGGCACCUGCAAAAGCUGACCCACGACCUGAUCGCCUUUCUAUCCGGCGAUCCGGUGAACGACCACCCCAUGUUCAAGUCUCUUCCAGCCAUCAACAUCAGAGCUAAUGACCUCAGCUCACUGGAGUUGAAGCCUACACUCUCUCAGCUCCAUGCUGACUUUAAAACCUUUGAGCACCAUUUCCAGUGGCUGAACAAGGUGACACAGAAGCACCAUCACUCCUCAGCACCGAAGCUAGGCGAAAUGAUCUCGCACAUCAACAGUCUCAUCGGCCUGCUACAGCGCCAGAUGCUGCAAGUGGAUGCCCCUCGGAUCGCCGUGUCUCCUCCCUCCCUCCCUCCUCAUCCCUCCUCUCAGUGGGAAAUAAAUCAAUCCUCGAAGGCGCUCCUCCAGAGGUUCAGGCUUUUUUGCGAUUGGGCGGCACGUGCUUUCCUCAGCCUCAAGUCCAAAACGCAGGCAUAAGAGUUGGCGUAGAGGCGCUGCAGCCGAUCGACACCUACUGUUUCCACAGUACGUCCUCUCCGGCCAUUCCUCUGUUCCGUAUAUGAACUAGCAGCCUGGUGCAUAUGUGAGCAGAUCAAAUGGCAAUGUUGUCAUCACUGAUCUGUAGUCAUUGGCACAUUGAAGCAUUGAACAUGAGUGUAAAAACUCCACUCGUCCGCCACAGCCGUGAGUGUUUGGACUACAGCGACACGUCACAACAGCCUGCUUCUGUGCUUCUGAUCAUUCAAUCAUAAUUUUACAUUUCUAGUUUUCAAUUUUUUUUACGUUCUUUUCGUGCUUUUCAUUUAAAAAAAUAAUAAUAAUAAUAACUCAACCUAUUCAUUAUUUAUGUAUUUAUUUAUUUAUUGAGCAGUUAGUUAUUUAUUUGUUGUCAUUAUUUAUUUGAUUCUUUGAGCAAAAAAACACACACGCACCGUCAUUUUCUUUACCAUUUAUGUUUAGGUUUAUAAGGAAAUUGUACUGUUGUCCCUCUGCCUUUCUUUCUUAUAUUAUUGUCCCGAUAUGCCUGCUAUUUAACAUAUUUUUUCAUUCUCAUGUCUCUUACUUUCGGCGUCUCUCUAAUUUUUUUUAUUUCGUAAUGUGUUCACAGUUGUUCCCUAGAUUGUUUUGCCACUAUAUGUAGCAAUAUUGCUGGGUUUGUAAAGUGUCUGUUAGAUGUAAGAUGAUAAAUUAUCAAAUGGGGAGGGGAAAAAAGUGUCACAAAGCACUGACCUACACCAUUACUGCCUUUUAUCUCAUUUGUAAGUCUCCUUCUUUGCACAGUAUGUUUGUGUUUGUGUUUUGAAUCCUCCGAUUCAGAAAAUGGGCUUUGACGGCUAACCUGUCCUUAAGCAAUGUUAAAAGAAAGGGGAAAAAAAGAAACGACCCAAGCCUUAAAAUACUAUGUAUUGUGAUAUCGUGAUUAUUUGGUAAUGUACAGGUGUACAUACAUCAUCCUGAAUGUAAAUUGUUAUGUACAGUGCAAAUGUGUAUUAUAUUAUAGUUUUCUAUGAUAUAAAGCCCCUUGCUCUGGCAGUUGUAUCGCAAUAUCAAAAUUAUUCUGUUAAUGAUUAUUAAUUUUUUUUUUUUUUUUUUAGUAUUUUGGUAUACUAUUUAUUAUGAUUUCAUGUUAUUUAUUUUCACUGAAGAGAAGCAAGCCUUCUGUCUUUUUUUUUUUAUACUUUUUAUACUACUUAUAACCAGACUUUAUCAUUGCUAUUGAAAUGUUCAACUGCAUUUUCUCACAUGCUGUAAGUGACAUUGCUGGUUGACAGGAAAGUGUCAAAGGUGUGUCAGAUACA